AGCCUGCAGGGGCGGCGGCAGCACCACAGCCGCAGCCCGAGGACGCGAUGGAGGUAGAGGCACUGCCGACACAGACGGAGCAGACCAGGACAGCGGUGAAAACCGAUUUCGGGUCACUUUGGAAGACAGCUAGGCACGUGGACGCGAUCACGCUAGACGACCCGAUCGACUACAGCAUCCUAGACAGCAUGGGCACGGGAGCCUACGUGACUACGAGUGGGCAGGAGCCCGUGGCGGAGCUCAAAUGGAAGCGCGAAGCGCUGGAGGUCCUGGCCCCCUACGGCGCGCACGCGGACAUCCCGAGGAUUGAGAGUGGACAUCUGACAAUGAUCAGUGCACGUUGGGAACCGCAGAUGCGAGGCAGACAUUGCAAGUGGGGACAUGCGGCUCAGGACUCCAAGUGGAUCGAACAACGUGACAACGCAUUCGCGGCGAGCUCGUCUGCGCAGACGAGCAGGUCAGUGGACUUCGUCAGCUUCAAGGAGGAGAAUCGCGGGAUUUUCAUCGCACAGUGGGCAAAGGCGCACUACCGGGCAGACCAGACGGGGAAAGUCUGCGUGGAGCCUCCCACGGAGUACCUCGCCAUCCCGGUGGAGCUGGGCAGGCCAUCUGACAUCGCGUGGGCGGCUAAGACCUUGAAGGGAGAAGGCCCUGCGCGCUGCGAGUGCCAGCCUCAGUUCCAAAACAUCAGAGAGAAGGAGGUCCUGACCAAGGUCCACAUGGAGGACUUCCACGGAGAGUGCCCCAUAAAGAACCUGGACGCGGUCAUCGGGAGGCUGCGCGAAGCAUCCGACCUGAAGGCCACAGACGCGAUCAGAAAGGUGCGCCACUCGAACUUGAAGUGCGGCAGACUGAGGCUUAUGAAUGGCGAUGUGAUGAUGGGGCUGAAGAUGAAGCACAUCGAGGGCCUAAUCUACGCGAUAGGCAUGGACCAAAGCGAAGCCCGCGAAGGCGCCUGGCCUGACUGA